AUGGGCAAGCCUGAGGGGCGGUUCGGCUACGCAGACGAUACCGUCAUUCUCUGCACUGGACAAUCGCUGGAAGAAACAUCGGGAAUAGCGUCGGAAUAUCUUCAAGAACUCGUGAAUUGGGGCGCCGCUAACGGCAUAUCAUUCGACCCAGAGAAGACAGAAGUCAUGCACUUCUCACCGGGGAGGCGGGAAACCGUGCUGCCCGUCCGCCAUGGUGACGUGGAGAAGCAACCUGAGGCCGCCAUGCGCAGGCUAGGCCUCUGGCUGGACAGGAAGUUGACAUUCAAGACAUGUGGAGAAGUGGGCAAAGCCCAGACGGUCGCCCACCACCUCCGGAGCCUAGGGAACACCCGGCGCGGCCCCAAGCCGAGCGCUGUGCAGAGGGCCAAGCCUGGUAUCCAGGUGCAACCGCGCCACGCUGGAGACAGCCGACGAAGUACACCCUCGCCACGCUGGAGACAGCCGACGAAGGAAGGACCAUCUAGAAUCCAGCAGCUUGUGCGGAAAAUGAGCAAAGCCCUCAAGCAGGCCAUCCGAGCCAUUCUGGAAGACCACACCGAUCGCUGUCCUGCACCAAGAAAGCGGCAUGCCUCCGGUUCACCAACUGCUGGAGGUAAGAUAACUCCGCUUCUCUGCGCGCAUCAAAUCCCUGGACCACACACACCCGCUGGCCAAACGCACCACCGAGGCAGCGCCACGGCCUAUCAUCAAGUGUAUCAAGUUGAAGUACCAGCUCCCGCCAAAGACCUUUCCAACCCGGUUGAGGAGGACGAACAGAUUGCUUGGGAAUUGCCAACGCCCCGUACUCAUCCCGCGCAAUCCGCCAAAGACUUCGACCGAUGGCUUCAAACCAUCCCGCCGCUUAGUCUUAUCGUGUAUUCUGACGGCUCACUGUCCUCCAGCGGUGCUGCCGGAUACGGCUAUGCUGUCCACCAAAGCGGACGCUCUGUCUGCCAAGGCGCAGGACGCCUCGGCCCUGCGGAGGUGUUCGACGCUGAGGCUAAAGGAGCGCUGGAGGGCCUCAAAGCCGCUCUUAGGCUCUCUCGGUCUGCCUCCCAACGAAUAGUGGUGUGCCUCGACAACAUCGCGGCUGCCGCAUGCCUCCGAGGCAAACCUUCCGACUCAUCGCAGAGGGUCUUCUUGACAUUUCAGACGGGAUGCGCCCAACCCGAACCCGCAGACGCAGUCCCAACACUGGCCUUCUUGCGAAAGACCGUUAGACAGCGGUCCAAGAUCGCGGUCCAAGCCUGGUGGGAUGCUUCUGCACCUGAUAAGUACAAGCACCUGAACCUCAAGCUCCCUUCUAACUGUCCACCGGAGCUAGCUCUCCCACGUAUAAUCCUUCACCAUCUGCUGGCCGCGAGGACCUAUCACGGUGAUUUUGCUGACUACCACGAAAGAUUACACCACAACAACGCUUGUGUUGCUUGUUCUUGCGGUCAGCGCAAGGCGCCAGCGAAUCUCCUCUAUUGUCGGAAGAUUCAGCCGCGUUGUCUGGAUGAGGCUUGCUCCCUCCCCGACCGUGGCGAUCAACCAGGCAAUAGGAAAAGAUUUCGACAAAUUCGUCAAGCUGGUGAAGGCAAGCUCUUUCUUCGAAAAGAUCUGCCCGCACCACUAGACGAAAUCAUCUAA